AUGUCCGCACCCCUCAUUCUCCUUCCGGGCGAUGAGGUACCCAGCGAUCACCUCCCAUCCAACAACUCGAACCCUCUGAAGCUAGGCCCAGGCCUUCGUCUAUUGUCGCAGCCAUCGUCCAAGCCUGAUGCCACUAGCCAUGUCCUAACGGCAACCCAGGCUGGUUUAGUGACGACCGACGCCAAGCGGAACACUGUUUCAAUUCUCUCUUUCCCCAACCGUCGAUAUAUCCCCACGGUCAAUGACCUUGUCAUUGCACAAAUCCACCAUUCCAGCAUCGAUUACUUUCAUUGUAUGGUGACACCGCACACGGCACAUGCUCUCCUGGGCCAACUAUCUUUUGAGGGGGCUACAAAGAAAACAAGGCCGAUGUUGAAGCAGGGUGAGCUAGUCUAUGCGCGGGUCCUGUCUGUGGGUGUUGGGGCAGGGGCAGAGGUCGAGCUUACCUGUGUCAACCCGGCUACUGGCAAAUCAGAACCGGGGGGCUUGGGUCCCCUCGUUGGUGGCAUGGUGUUUGAAGUAUCUACCGGUAUGGCAGCUCGAUUGAUUCGGGCUAGCUCCUCUUCUGCCGAACAGGGUGAUGUUAUCGACGGACUUGCGGUUCUCUCUGAGCUUGGCAAGAAGCUUGAGAGCCUCGGUGGAUUCGAAAUUGCUGUUGGCCGCAACGGCAAAGUUUGGGUGGAUUGCUCGAAUGCUGGCGACAGUGCGAUCAAAGCCACAAUUGCGAUUGGGCGCUGCCUGCAAACCACCGAUGAUAAGAGAUUGAAUCCGGUGGAUCAGAAGAAGCUGGUGACGAGAAUUCUGCGCGAGAUGAAGCUGGCGUGA